AUGGACAUUUUUGUUCUGCUUUGCCUGAUGUUCACCGCCACUUCAGCGGCGGCGCGUGGCGUCGCUUUUGAUCCCAAGGCGGUGGACCAGUGGUUCGAAAGUCUUUCCUACGCGAAAGAAAGGGUGACUAAACUGCACUUUUAUUUUCAUGACAUUGCCAAGGGCAAAAACCCAACCGCUCUGCAAAUAGCUCAGUCCAACAUUACGAGCAAAUCAAGUACCUCCUUCGGCUCCCUGUCCAUGGCGGACGAGCCAUUGACGGUCGGCCCAGAACUGAACUCCACGAUCGUCGGCCACGCCCAAGGGAUGUACGGUUCGGCAUCAUUUAGCGAGAUAGGCUUGCUUAUGGCACUCAAUUUCGUGUUCACGGGAGGGGAAUAUAAUGGUAGCACUCUAAGCCUUCUUGGGCGGAACCCUACUUCUAAGGAGUACCGUGAGAUGCCCAUCGUGGGUGGGUCUGGUGUUUUCAGGCUAGCACGAGGCGUCGCCACCGCCAAGACUUAUUUGUUUAAUGUCACGUCUGGGAUUGCCAUUGUGGAGUAUCAUGUUACGGUAUUGCAUUACUGAUGCGAUUGGAGUAUAUGUGUGGAUCGGAUCGGAGGUGUAUGUAUUAUCUAUCUCAUCAAUCUCGUGUUUGUUUCUUUACUGGUUUGUGGAAAUUUACGUGGCAGAACAUCAUGUGUAUGUUUGUGUUGAUUAUGUGGGAGUUUUCACAAGUAUUUGAAAGUAAUA